AUGCAGGAACAACGCUUUUCGGCUGCUGGUCUCACUCUGGGCUUUUCUUUGUUCUUCAUGUUCGCUCGUACCGCCUUUGGAGAUGUGAGCUAUUCUUUUUCGGAGGAGAUGAAACGAGGAUCUGUGAUUGGAAAUAUAGCCAAGGAUCUGGGACUCGAUGUGAACAGACUGGCAGCUCGUAAGGCUCGUAUUGAUACUGAAGAGAAAUGGGUGAGAAAAGGCUUUUCUGCUGCUGGUCUCACUCUGGGCUUUUGUUUGUUCGUCAUGGUGGCGCGUACCGCCUUUGGAGAUGUGAGCUAUUCUUUUCCGGAGGAGAUGAAACGCGGAUCUGUGAUUGGAAAUAUAGCCAAGGAUCUGGGACUCGAUGUGAACAGACUGGCAGCUCGUAAGGCUCGUAUUGAUACUGAAGGAAACUCCUUCAUGACUGAGAUGGUGCCCAAAGCUGCCCAGUCAGGCUCUCUGGUGUCCAAGGUGAUCGCAGUGGAUGCGGACUCUGGUCAAAAUGCAUGGCUUUCUUAUCACAUAGUGAAAGCGACUGAUCCAGGACUUUUCACUAUUGGUGAGCACAGUGGAGAAAUCAGGACGCAGCGGGACAUUUCUGAAUCUGACAGUACAAAGCAGAAUCUCAUUGUUUCAGUCAAAGAUAACGGACAGCCUUCACUUUCUGCAACCUGCGCCAUCUAUUUACUUGUUUCUGAUAACUUGGCUGAGAUUCCUGAACUGAAAGACAUGUCUUAUGAUGAGAGCAGCUCCAAACUGACUUUUUAUUUGAUCAUCGCGCUGGUGUCCGUCUCCACUUUCUUCCUCACCUUCAUCAUCAUCAUCCUGGCUGUGAGGUUUUGUCACAGGAGGAAGCCCAGACUGCUGUUUGAUGGAGCUGUGGCCAUUCCCAGCGCGUAUCUCCCUCCAAAUUACGCAGAGGUGGAGGGAGCGGGAACUCUCCGCAGCACCUACAACUAUGAUGCAUAUCUGACCACAGGAUCACGAACCAGUGACUUCAAGUUCGUCACAUCUUACAAUGAGGGAACUCUGCCAGCUGAUGAAACCCUUAAAUUUCAGUCAUCUCUAAAUGAUCUUGAAGGCCUUAAUGGGGAAACUAAUGAUUCUUCAAUGGUAUGUGCCAAAUAUGCUCUUUGUCGCCUCCAGUCUUAA